AUGGCACUUGGCGGUGUAGGUCGAGAUACCGGUGCAACGUCAGUGGCUGCCAGGGAUAAUGCAGGUAACACCUUGAAUGAGUGUCACGCUCAUGGUCAGGCCGAGAAAUCUGUUAUGUUCCGAAUCAUACCUCUAACUCUUUACAAUGGAGACCGCAAACUAGACACUUUUGGUUUUCUAGAUGAGGGAUCGUCUCUGUCGAUGGUAGAAACAAAUGUGCUCCAACACCUCGGUAUAGAUGGAACCCCUGAGCCCUUGCGUUUGGUCUGGACAUCUAAUAUCAUUCGGAAUGAAAAAUCCUCCCGAAGAGCAGAUAUAGAAGUUAGUGGAAGGGGUCAGCAUACACGCUAUAAUCUUAUGUCGGUCCGCACAGUAAACCACCUAAAUUUACCGAAACAAAGUUUGGCAAUAAAUGAGUUGUCUGCGCGAUUUGACCAUCUUAAGGGCCUGCCGAUAACCUCUUACACGGAUGCAAUUCCUAGAGUGUUAAUUGGCCUUGAUAAUUUGAAUCUAUUCUCACCGUUAGAGACCCGCGUUGGCAAUCCGGGUGAACCUGUGGCAGUAAGGUCCUUGCUGGGUUGGACAGUCUAUGGACCAAAAGGUGAAAUCUCCCCGAAACAUGCUUUCCUCCAUUAUCACACCGUGCCUGGCGAAACUGAUGAAAAAUUGAAUGAGAUGAUUCGGCGGCGGUUCGUCUUAGAGGACACAGGUGUGUCGAUGGCACCUCUGCCAGAGCCAGCCGAGGAGAAAAGAGCGCGCGAGAUAUUAGCGAAAACGACAGCUCGUGUAGGAGACAGAUUCGAAACUGGCCUUUUGUGGAAGGCAGACGAUGUUCACUUUCCAGAUAGCAAGCCAAUGGCUAUGCGAAGAUUAAAGAGUUUGGAGAUAAAAUUAGAAAAAGAUCCACAGUUGCGUGAGAACGUACACAAACAGAUUCGUGAGUACGUCCGCAAGCAAUACGCGCACAAAGCGACCGAUAUUGAGUUAGCGAGCGCUGAGCCGAACCGCGUAUGGUACUUGCCGCUAAAUGUAGUUACACACCCCAAAAAGCCUGAUAAGAAGCGAUUAGUCUGGGACGCUGCUGCUCAAGUUGAUGGCGUCUCUUUAAACUCACGUCUGUUGAAAGGACCCGACUUAUUAACGUCGCUCCCUUCUGUAAUAUGCAAGUUUAGAGAAAAGCGUAUCGGGUUCGGCGGGGACAUAUGCGAAAUGUUCCAUCAGAUACGGAUCAAACCUGAAGAUCGACAUUCCCAGAGAUUUAUUUUUCGGUUCGACCCCAAGGACACUCCUGACGUAUAUCUGAUGGACGUAGCGACUUUUGGCGCUAGUUGCUCUCCAUGUUCAGCUCAACACGUGAUGCACCGAAAUGCUGAUGAAUGGGCCCACGAGUUCCCAGAAGCAGCCGCUGCUAUCAAAUCCAAAAUGUACAUGGAUGAUUAUUAUGAUAGCGCCGAUACGCCAGCGGAAGCCGCAGAACGAGCCAUACAAGUUAGGGCGGUGCACGCUAGAGCCGGAUUUGACAUGCAAAAAUGGGUAAGCAAUAGCCGUGACGUCUUAUUAAGACUUGGUGAGAAAUCGUACGGAUACCAACCACCCUCGGCGAUCGGGCAGCAGGGGGAAGUAGAACGAGUUCUAGGAAUCCUUUGGGAUCCUAAAGAGGACGUGUUAAUGUUUUCUGCCAAUUUUCGGAGCCAAUUUUCUGCAUAUAUUGACGGUGGUAGCCGACCAUCGAAACGAAUGGCUCUGAGGUGCAUUAUGAGCCUCUUCGACCCGCUUGGACUGCUAUCGCCGUUCCUCAUUCACGGAAGAAUAAUCAUCCAGGAUCUCUGGAGGAGCGGCACGCAGUGGGAUGAUGAGAUGCGUGACACAGAAUACGAAAAAUGGCUUCGCUGGACGGAGCUAUUACCGAAAAUAGAAAAACUUCGUAUACCUCGUUAUUACUUUGACGGCUGGGGCAUAGACGAUUCGAAUUCACUGGAGCUGCACAUUUUUACAGAUGCUAGCGAGUCUGCUUAUGGUUGCGCAGCAUACGUCAGGGUUAUAAAUACACACGGGAUAAAAUGUGCGUUGGUAAUGGCAAAGAGCAAAGUGGCACCUCUAAAGCACCAGUCUAUCCCUCGCUUAGAGCUACAAGCCGCCGUAUUAGGCGCAAGAUUGAAAAGGUAUGUGACGGAAAACCACACUCUACAGUUUCAAGACAGCUACCUGUGGACGGACUCGGGCGUAGUACUUUCCUGGAUUCGCUCAGACCAUCGCAGGUACAAGCAGUACGUCGCACACCGCGUGGGCGAAAUUCUUUCACUAACGCAGCCUGAAGGAUGGCGCUGGGUUCCUUCGAAGGAGAAUGUGGCAGACGGGCUAACGAAGUGGGGGAAAGAUACCGAGCCUGACUCAAACGGUAGAUGGCUCAAGGGACCAGCAUUUUUGUACCUCGAUAAGCAUUAUUGGCCACAACAGAAGGCAGCGAGCGCGGACACAAGCGAAGAGCUUCGGACAGCGUUUCUUUUCCACCACUUGGUACUUCCAGUCAGCGUGAUAGACGUGAGUCGAAUCUCGAAAUGGACCAUCGUAGUGCGUACAAUGGCAUUUGUACAGAGGUUUGCGGAUAAUUGUCGACGUCGGAAGGCCGGGGAGCCAAUUCUGACAGUGGAAGCUACACAAUUACAGCGGAAAUACAUGCUUCGCCCCGCACCAGCGAUAAAAACAGCCUUGCAGCAGAUCGAGUACCAGAAAGCAGAGCGAAUGCUAUGGCGAAUCGUACAAGGAGAAUGCUAUCCGGAUGAAGUAAAAAUUUUUAUGAAAAACAGAACAGAGCCCGUCAAAAAAAGGCUCAAUAUAGAAAAAUCUAGCGUUUUGUAUAAAUUGUCCCCUUUUAUGGAUGAACACAGUGUCCUUAGGAUGGAUGGUAGAAACGCGAAUGCGAGUUAUGCAGCCUUCGACGCGCGCUUUCCAAUCAUUCUGAAAAGGGACCACCCGAUCACAGUUAGACUCUUGGAACAUUACCACCAGAAAUUCGGUCACUUGAAUAAGGAAACGGUCGUUAAUGAAGUGAAGCAACGAUUCGAAAUUGCACACCUACGUGUAGCGGUCGAUCAAGUGUUUAACAGCUGUCUAUGGUGCAAGAUUAUCAAAUGUAAACCAAAACCGCCACGAAUGGCUCCCCUACCGGAGCAGCGAUUAACACCCUACCUCAAACCAUUCAGCUACACUGGUAUUGAUUACAUGGGGCCGCUGGAAGUAACUGUAGGAAGACGCAAGGAAAAAAGAUAUAUUGCAGUAUUCACGUGUUUAGUAGUCAGGGCUGUGCAUUUGGAGGUUGCGUUUAACCUCUCUACAGAAUCGUGUAUUUCGGCGAUAAGACGAUUUGUGUGCCGCAGAGGUUCACCAAUAGAAAUCGUCACGGACAAUGGCACUAAUUUUGUUGGUGCGAGUCGUGAGCUACAAAAGCAGAUUAAUGCGGACUGCGCCGCGACGUUCACAGACGCUAAAACGAGAUGGACUUUUAACCCCCCUUCGGCCCCACACAUGGGGGGUGUAUGGGAGCGUAUGGUGAGAAGUGUUAAAGAGGCCAUGCGGGCGCUCGAUAAUGGCAAGAAAUUAACCGAUGAAACUCUAGCAACCGUCAUUUGUGAAGUAGAAGAAUUUAUAAACACCCGGCCCCUUACGUAUAUGGCACAAGGUAUAGGAGAAGGCGAAGCACUUACGCCGAACCACUUCGUCAAGGGAAGCUCUUCAGGAAUCAGCGAUGCUCUGAAGCUGCCCGUCAGCUUAGCCGAAGCCUUGAGGAACAGCUAUCAGAGAUCCCAAUAUCUUGCUAAUGAAGCAUGGGGUCGAUGGCUAAAGGAGUAUCUCCCUUCAGUGAAUAGGCGCACAAAAUGGUUCGACGAUGUGAGGUCCGUGAAAGUCGGAGAUUUAGUUUAUGUCGCAGAGGGAAAGCCCAACGGCAGCUGCAUUAGCAGCAGCAGCAGCAGCAGCAACAGUAGCAGCAGUAGAGAAAUCAUUGCUGUAUGA